CAAAACGUUUUGCAAGAAAGUGAAAGAAAAAGACAGUGUCAAGCGUAUGGAGGUCAUGCCUUGCAUUUUUAUGCAUUUUACAAAGUUAUUGAAUCAUAUAACAGCAAAAAUUAACUAAAACUAAUGUUAUCUGUUAUUGUCAUGAGCGUUUUACUCCAGAAUAUUCUACAGAAACCAUAGGGAUGGCUGAUCAAUUUUGUUUACGUUGGAACAAUUUCCAGUCAAACAUAGUGAGUGCCUUAGAUUCAUUGAAGUGUUCAGAAGAUUUGGUCGACGUUACGCUCACCUGUGAAGGCAGAAAUAUCAAGGCCCAUAAAGUCAUAUUGUCAGCGUGCAGCCCGUACUUCAGGAAUGUGUUCAAGGAAAACCCAUGUCAGCAUCCAGUGAUCAUACUGAAAGAUGUGUCUGCUGAUGACAUUGUCAGUCUACUGUCUUACAUGUACCAAGGAGAAGUGUUCAUAGAAGAGAGCAAGCUGUCUUCUUUCUUGCAUACAGCAGCACUUUUACAAGUAAAAGGUCUAACUGGUGUGACACAGCAGAAGGAAAACUUUUCAUCUCCAAACACAUCAAAUAAGCUAUACACACAGCUGACUAUAUCAUCUAAACCAUUAUUUAAUGCUGCUCAUAAGGAAACAAAACUGCCGGCUUUGAAGAAGAGACGAAGUAGUACUUCAGAUAAACCCACUGAUGUUACCAUUGGGGAUGGCCCCAAAAAGAAUAAACUUAUAGAAACAUUUGAUAUAUAUAGUAGAAGUAACCACACACAUGCAACUAAACUCGACAACCCUGUGUUUUUCCCAGAAAAUAAUAUUGACAAGAAAUGUGAUGCCAAAAUUGAAACACCAAUAAUAACAGCUAAUGGAAAAAGCUCAUCAUCUCAGGGAACCCAAGGAGACAACAUUCCGGUUACAAUAAAGACAGAAAGGACAGAUGAGAACAACUCACCUACACUCUCAAUAAAUGCCAACUCUGAAAAUGAUGAAAGUCUUCCUGAUUAUGAAAACAGUAUGCUUGCCAGAUCCCUACUCUCAGGGAUAAAUCCAUCGAAAAGUGAAGCUUGUGCCAAUAACUCAACUCUAAAGAAAGUGUCAAAUGUGAUGGUAGAUGUGCAUUGUUCAACUCGGUCAAAAGAUAUUCUUAAUACAGAUACUGUGACAUUCACUAAUGCCCCAUCUAAAAGUCCCGUAAAGUCUAUGCUUACUGAAGAGUUACAUUUGAAACCAGAAAAACAGUCACCGAAAUCUGAUGUGGAUUAUGAACCAGAAGUGUUAUUGUCAGAACAUCAAGAUGGUACAGACUCUGACAGUAACUUUGCUCAAGACCAAUCUCAAGCUCUACUCAUGUUGGCUGGAAUGUCCACGGUCCCUGUACUGAGUGGCGGCGCCUCUACAUCGCAAGGACUCGCGCACCAGCAAUCAAACCAUGCAGCUAUAUGUGGUGACUGCCCUCACUGCGGCAUGAAGUAUUCCAACCAGUCAGCCUUAAAAUAUCAUGUCAGAUUAAUGCACUCCGACUUGACCAAUAGACUGUGUUGCUACCUCUGUCCAAGGUCAUUCACUAUGCGUGAGACAUUCAAAGAACAUAUGUGGACAAGUCAUGGUCAAAGGAAUUAAUUUUCAUUUAUUAUCCUGCAAACAUGUGCCUUAGGUUCUUUGUCAAUUGUGUUAGGACAGUGGAUGAAUGAGGUGGAAAGCUAAUGUGCCUUGUUGAACGAAAUGAAUGCCUUGCUAAAUAUAUCUUAGGUCAAAAAAAGCAGUGGAAGAGACUGAUAGCUUUUGCUUGAAAAGAAAUAAAAUUUUAUAACUUUUUAAAGGACAAUGUUGUCCUCUAAUUGACCCAGUUCAGUAUUUUGAGAUUUUAAAAUAUUCAGUGCAGCUGUGCUUCAUGAAAUGUUUUGAAAAUAAUAGUUGCAUUUCAUAAAACAGUGGUAAUAGCUAAAGUGCUUAUUUAUUAAGGUGCAUAAUUAUACUAAUUCAGGUGUGGUAUGCGGCCAGCUGACACUUGUUGAAUUCACUGUAGGUAGUGAUAUAGAUAUAAUUGGCUGUAUUUACUUUAAGGAUACAAUUUAUUACAAGAAGAAUUAUAGAAAGAAUUGUAAGGUUAUUUUCUUACAUUGGUGAACCGAGUCGGCAAGUAAGCGAAUGAUAUAGUAUUUGUAUUAUAGAGUAAAACAUUUUUGAUGCGGAUUUACAAGUAUGUGAGUGUUGAGGAAUUUUUCAGAUUGUACAAGUUUGAUAUCUGUUGGAAUUGCCAGAGAUCUUAUUAUUAUAUUUUAAAACGGUUACUGUUACAGUUACUAAUAGGUGCUUAAAUUGGUUGGAUCUUAUUAUGAAUAUUUUUAAAGCAGUGUGGUCCACAAUGCCAAACAAAAUUAGAAUGUUACAAGGAAUGCAAACAUGUCUUCAAAUGUUUAUUGAUAUUCUUUUACUACUAUAUUUAAGUUGUCCUUUAUUGUUGAUAAAUGUUUAAUUAAGUUAUUACUUUCGAAUAGCCACAGAUGUGGAUUUUUAUAACUAAGUUUAUUCUAUUAAAAAAAUUAAGAAAUAAGUUAUUAUCUAUUUGAAAUGUUCUUUUUGGUAUUGUGCCAAAAUGUUUCUUUGAAUAAGUUAUUGAAUUAGUAGGAUGUUACUUGGAAUUUAAGUUACCUGUAAUUCUCUGUCGUUUUCUUUAUUAUUUCAUAGUUUUAAUUUUAGUAGUAUCUAAGAGAAGUUUUUAUUUCUACUACUGUUAUCUCAAAUAUUUUUAUAGUACGAAUUGUUAAUUUAAAUUACUCCAGUGAAUGCCAUUAGUGAAAAUUGUUAUUUUGUGAAACACAUUACCUAUAGAUUAGGUUACCGAAUCUAAAUAGUUAUAGUUAAAUUUAUAGUUAGGUUAAAAUAUUAUAUUUGCGUUAAUAUAAUAUUGUUGAAUAUUUUAUUCAGAAUUUUACACGAUUUACAUGAUUUUAAAUUAUGUUAUAAAU